GCGGCAAUCAAUCUGACAUUCGUUUUUCUAUCUGGCUGUAUGUUCGUCCGUUGUCUGACUGUCUGUGUAACUCUUCCCUCGACCUGCUCUUUGUUGUGUACUCUGAAGAAACCGGAAACAGUUGAAGCACUCGUAAGUGGCCUUAAGAAUGACUACAACAAGGAAACAUUCACCUUAAAGUACAAGAUUGAUGAGCAGAUGUUUCCCUGCAGAUUUGUCAAAAUAGUUCCUCUGAUGUCCUGGGGUCCUAGUUUCAAUUUUAGCAUCUGGUACAUUGAGCUGCAUGGUGUUGAAGAUCCUGAUGUGGUGCAACCCUGUCUUAACUGGUAUAGCAAGUACAGAGAACAGGAAGCCAUUCGCCUUUGCCUCAAGCACUUCAGGCAGCAUAACUACACAGAGGCCUUUGAGUCGCUCCAGAAAAAAACUCGGAUAGCACUAGAGCAUCCCAUGCUCACUCACUUACAUGACCGGCUGGUGCUGCAAGGAGACUUUGAUGCCUGUGAGGAACUCAUUGACAAAGCUGUGAGAGAUGGCUUAUUUAAUCAGUAUAUCAGCCAGCAGGAGUACAAGCCGAGGUGGAGUCAGAUCAUUCCGAAAUGCAACAAAGGGACAAGUGUCCCAGAAAUCAACCGAGAUGACAUGAGCGGUGACAGCGAUGACAACAGACCAGGAAUGAGAGGAGGACAUCAAAUGGUCAUUGACGUUCAGACUGAGACAGUGUACCUGUUUGGGGGCUGGGAUGGCACACAAGACCUGGCUGACUUCUGGGCUUACAGUGUUCAAGAGAACCAGUGGGCUUGCAUCUCCAGAGACACUGAGAAAGAGAAUGGGCCAAGUGCCCGUUCCUGCCACAAGAUGUGCGUUGACUCUCAGCGGCGUCAAAUCUACACACUAGGCCGAUACCUGGACUCCAGCGUCAGGAACAGCAAGUCUUUGAAGAGCGACUUUUACUGCUAUGACAUUGACGCAAACACCUGGACACUUCUCAGCGAGGACACGUCUGCUGACGGAGGGCCAAAGUUGGUGUUUGACCACCAGAUGUGCAUGGACUCAGAGAAGCACAUGAUCUACACAUUCGGUGGUCGGAUUCUGACAUGUAAUGGCAGUGUGGAGGACAGCCGGACAUCAGAACCUCAGUUCAGUGGCCUGUAUGCCUACCAUUGCCAGGAAGGAACAUGGAACCUCCUGCGGGAAGACUCGUGUAACGCUGGGCCAGAAGAUAUCCAGUCCCGGAUCGGACAUUGCAUGCUCUUCCACACUAGAAACCGCUGUCUGUAUGUGUUCGGAGGUCAGAGGUCAAAGACUUACCUCAAUGAUUUCUUUAGCUAUGAUGUGGACGGGGAUCAUGUAGAGAUCAUAUCUGAUGGCACCAAGAAGGACUCUGGCAUGGGUGCCUCUUCAAGAUAAAUCCAGACAAGGGAUCAAAAGUGGAGCGGAACGCCACCAAAAAACAACUUGCAGUCAGUCCAAAGGUUCUCACAUUGAUCACCAAAAUUGCAGACUACGAGUGGAGGGAAUAAGAAGUGCGCACAAGUUAUGGAUACUUUGUCCAAGUUAUAGACUGUUAUAUCCAGUGAGGUGUCAUGUAAGCUAUUUGUUAUGUAGCUUUGAUAUCAAUGUUUUGAAUGUAUAAUUACUUGACGAGGUCAUGGGUGCCUUGGAUGUAACUGUAAGUUGGUAAAGCAGCUUUUUUUUUUUUUUUUUGUUUCAGAACCAGAGAGUCAUUUUAAUUUAAUAGAUUUAAGAAUUUUGCUGUAAUAAUUGUUACCCGUUUAGUUAAAUAAAAAUACUGGAGGGAAUAAGAAGUGCGCACAAGUUAUGGAUACUUUGUCGGAGUUAUAGACUGUUAUAUCCAGUGAGGUGUCAUAUAAUCUAUUUGAUAUGUAGCUUUGUUAUCAAUGUUGUGAAUGUAAAAUUACUUGACGAGGUCAUGGAUGUUGCUGUAAGCUGGUAACUCAACAUUUUUUAUUUUUUUCCCCCAAAUUCAGUUGACUUUUAAUAGCCAGCUUUUGUUUGUUUGUUUUUGUUGAACC